AUAAAUACUCCCAAGAUUUGGGCGCGCUUUUCCUAGAGUUUCCUCCUUGGCUUCGCCUCGAAGGAACAGCUAUGGCGUUCUCCGCAUCUGCCACUGCUGCUGCUGUUGUGUUCUACUUUGUGCUUUUGAUCGCCGUGUCUUCUCGCUCGGGGCACGUGGCAGCACUCGCUGGUAGUGAUGUGGAGCAUCGUGAAGUAGUUAUUGCCACUCCGGCUGUGUUUGUGGGAUCUGUUCCACCGGGAGAUGUUGUGCGGUGUGCACGUGUCCCUGUCUCUGGUUUAUCAAGACUAAAGCUAGGGAGUUAUUCAAGUGCCCACAGGAUUACUUUGGUCCCAUCAGAUGAAAUUCAGGAGAAAUUGUACAAGAAAAUUCAGAUUUGUUUACACAACAAUUCUUCACUUGGCUUGUGUCAAUGUGAGAGUGAUAACUGGGAAAGUAUCCAGAGUGGAGCAUGGAGCUCUAUUGUUUCCCCUUAUGUAGACAGAUACAUUGAUGUGAAGUUUGUCAAUAACUUGUCGGGUUCUGUGACCGUCACCGUUGGAUUAGAGUUUCACAGAUGGCGUUUGAUCUGUCUGGCUAUUGGUUUUGUUUUAUUGCUGCUGGCACCAAUUGUUAGCAGCUGGGUUCCUUUUUACUAUAGCAGCUCGAUGGCAAUUGGGAUUUGUCUUGUCGUGAUAAUUCUUCUCUUCCAGGGAAUGAAACUGUUGCCAACUGGCAGGAAAAAUGCUCUAUAUAGCACAAUAUGUGGCUUGGCGCUUGGCGCUGGCACUUUUUUACUGAAUCGACUCUCAACGUUUGUCAACUCAAUUCUUGUCAAUUUUGGGAUCAGUGAAGAGAUGCACAACCCUGUGCUUGUAUUCUUGCUAGUUGGAAUCGUACUUGCUGGAGCUGCUUUUGGAUAUUGGCUUGUGCGGAAAUUUGUUGUUGCUGAAGAUGGAAGUGUGGAUGUCGGCAUAGCCCAAUUUGUGAAAUGGGCUUUACGUGUAAUUGCUGUUACUUUUAUCUUCCAGAGUACAUUGGAUACUCCUUUGGCAAUGGCACUGCUUGUAUCUCUACUGGGGAUUUACUUUUCCCUGACUUCUUUGAAGUGGGGUGGCCUCGGGGUAUCAACAUAUUCUGUUGAUAGGAGUCCUCUCAGGCAGAGCGGCAUAAGAUUAAACAAGAAUAAGCGUGCUGAAUUCUUGAGUAGGUCUGCAACAGUGACUCCUCGGGGAAGUUUAUGGAAAAGCAACAAGAGUUCACCUGCAUGGUCAAACUCCCCUGUGAAAGGUGUUGUAACACCUUCUAGUCGGAAAAGUACAAGUAUUUCCGGGGAUUACUACUCAACCUUUCACAAGACGCCCAACAGGAAGAAAUUUUCCGAGGAAGAGUGGAGGGAUUUCACAGAGGAAUCAACUCGGCAAGCACUUGCAGAGUGGGCAUCAUCUCCUGAAUUCACAGAUUGGGUCAUUAAUCAUGCUGAUAGAAUACAAAUCCAGCCGGAGGCUAGUUCUGAGGAAUCAAUUGGAAGUGGUUCAGAUUCAACCGAUGAACAUCUUGCGCAGAGUAGCAGUCUAAGAGGUUUAUUUCGGUCGCGCCGCUUGUAGAUGGUAUGAAUGGUGCAUGGCCUUUGUUCACCAUCCCCUUUUUUUUUCCUUUUCCUUUUUUCUUUGAGAUGUUAGUUUAACUUAGUCUGUAGAUUUAUGCACUUCAUCUUCCAAAUGUCGCUCGGCUAGAUUCUUUUUAAUUUUGCUGUAAUUUUACCCAAAAGGUUCUGUAUAUGGUAGCAAUCCUUAUGACCUUAGUCUUGGCAUAUUAUUAGUGAUCUUUAUGUUUCUA